AUCACGUUUUGCUGGUUGCGAAUGUCAUGAGACUCGACUGAGGUGCUUAGCGAAGUUGAGGCCGGCUUUUUUUCGUCAUUUCAACCGCAUACAACUAUUGUUUAGGGAGAUUUAAGUGUGAGAAGAAGCAAGUAGAACAGAAUGGGCCUGCUAGCCAAGACUCAGUACACCGUGUACAGCAUAACCAGCUUCGUGAUCCUUUGCAUUGCACUGUACUAUAUUCUCUCAGGCAAAGGGUCGAGGCUAGACUUUGGAUGGUUCUUGGAAGGAAUCUCGCCGUACAUGUGGUGCUGUCUUGGGAUUGGUCUAUCCAUAUCACUAUCUGUUGUUGGCGCAGCCAGUGGCAUCUUCACAACAGGUGUGAGCAUUGUGGGUGGAGGUGUGAAGGCUCCACGCAUUCGUACCAAGAACUUGGUCUCCAUUAUCUUCUGUGAGGCAGUGGCCAUCUAUGGAAUUAUCAUGGCCAUUGUGCUUCAGGGCCAGAUCAACAGAUUUAACGACGACACUCUCGACUACAAACAGAAGGCGCUUAACUACAUGUCUGGCUACAUCAUGUUUGGAGCAGGCUUGGUGGUUGGCCUGGGCAACCUCUUCUGUGGGAUGUCUGUGGGUGUUGUAGGAUCAGGCGCCGCCUUAGCUGAUGCAGCCAACCCGGCGCUCUUUGUCAAGCUGCUUAUUGUGGAGAUCUUUGCCAGCGCCAUUGGCCUCUUUGGCCUUAUUGUGGCUGUCAUCAUGUCUGCCAAAAUCAGCAUGGGCGACUCUACCAAGGCCUAGUGUGGUGCAGCUGCAGCAUAUGCUACCCCAAAGCUCCCUCUUAUCCAUCACUGUCCAGUGCUCUUCAACCCCAGCUGGGUCGUUGUGAACUUCUUGCAGCGGGGUCUCUCGCAGUGGACACUCGUAAAGUGAAGAGAUGCAACUGCCAGGAUUGUGUACUUGUUUCAGCGGAGUGUUGUUUCUCACCUAACCAAGCCCCACUAUUUUUUGCCUGUGCAGUACAAUCUGCUCAGUUUCCAACAUUAUCACAAAAAUGUUCCCAUUGUAAGACGUUUCUGUCCAUUCCAUAGCAGUCCCCAUUGCAAACAUGUUUGAAAUCUCCCCAUUGCAGCAAACAUGUUUAAAUGUCCUCUUGUCUUGUAAAAAGAAAAAAAAAAGGAGAUGAAGAAAAAAAAAUUUUUAGGUGCUGUACAGCAACACAUCAAGCAGCCACUUUGUAAUGGGCAAUUACUUGUGCAUUCUAGUCUGGUGGCUUUUAGCACAUAUCUCAGUAAACAGCAUGGAGUUUCACUUUUUUUUUUUCUUUCAUCUCUGCUUCUGUGGCAAGUUUCGUAGUUUUUUUGGGCUCCCAGCUGAUAAAAAGUGGCCUGCACUCUGAAUAUGCCAAAAGUGUGUGCACCUAAUCCCAUUGAUAGCAUGCCUAUGCUUUAGAAUGAAUGGCAAGUGUUGUGAGUAUAUAGUUACAACGUGGAAAUAUUUAUUUGUACAUAUGCGACAGUUGGUGUGUUGCUGCUGUGUGCAAAGAUAGUAAAAAUACAGUUGUCAAAAUGGCUUAUUCCUUUAUGCUUAGAUGCCGACUGCUGCCUGCGGUAGGGCACCCACCAUUCUUUUCUUGGGUCACAUAAUGAGCCUAUUCCAUUAGAGAUGGUUCCACCACUGUUAUGGUGGAGAAAAA